CUUUCUACUCCCCCUUAACUUCACAGCAUUGAGAGAUUAAAGCUAGCUAGCCAGUGCGUGCGUGUGUCCUUUUUUUUCACAAAGAUCAUGGCACUAAUUCCUAGUACCAUUUUUGUUGGUCACUAUGAUCCUUUCUGCCACGAUGUUUGGGACCCAUUUCAGGAAUUCGACUAUGGAUUUCCAAGAGAAACAACCUCCUUCACCAACUCCAUGAUUGGUUGGAAGGAGACCUCAGAUGGGCACACAUAUGUACUCAAGGCAGAUCUUCCAGGCUUCAGGAGAGAAGAAGUAAAGGUGGAUGUGGAGGAAGGUAGGGUUCUUCGCAUUAGGGGAGAGAAAAAUGUGAAGAGAGAAGAGAAGAGCGACCAUUGGCACUGCAUCGAAAGGAGCAGCGGCAAGUUCAUCAGGCGUUUGAGUUUGCCUGAGAAUGCCAAAGCUGACAAGAUGAAGGUGUUCAUGGAAAGUGGAGAGCUCACUGUCACGGUUCCUAAGGAGAAGGUUAAUUGCUAUCCUCAUGCAACCAGAGUCGUUCAAAUUUCUGGGCACUAAGAAUUAUUAUUAUAAACCAAGUGUAGCAUGGUUCCAUGAAUUAAUAAAACAAACGAAUAAUGAUCCUACUCCAUUUGGCUAUAAAACAGUUUUCUAAUUUGUUUGCUUUGCA